AUGUCACAACAGAAGCAGCAGUCUUGGGAGCCUCCAAAUGCUCCCCAAUGCUCCCCUCCCCAAUGUCCAAGUCCUUGCCUGGAUCCUUGCUCUGCUCCUUGUGGUACUUCCUGUUCAAGAGACUGUCAUUCCAGUUCCCAAAAGCCCAGGGCUCAGAACCCUACCUGUCAUAGGAGGACUCGCCGCCGAAAGCCUCGCUGCCUCAGGGGGAGCACAACCUACCCCUGCAAAGAGGUGGAGUGUUAA